GAAGCGAAGCACUGCAACGCACGAAAACAAGGAGGGCAUAUCAGCUGUUAGCUUGUUUCAUAUUCUACCGUUUCAAAAAGGGUCCAUUACAACCGAGGAAGAAGUUGGAUGUAUAACGUACAUUUUUAACCUCGUUCAAAAUGAGCUUCUCGGUGUUUUCGUACGAGAACUUGGUCCAUGCUGUAUCAGGAGCAGUGGGAAGUGUGACUGCCAUGACAGUAUUCUUCCCUCUUGAUACUGCAAGGCUGAGACUACAAGUGGAUGACAACAGAAAGGCCAAAUCAACGCCAGCCAUUCUGGCAGAUAUUAUCAAAGAGGAAGGACUACUGGCUCCGUACAGAGGCUGGUUCCCGGUCAUCUGCAGCCUGUGCUGCUCCAACUUUGUCUACUUCUACUGCUUCCACAGCCUCAAGGCUAGCUGGCUGAAGGGAAAGCAGUCGGCACCAAGCAAUGACCUUUUGAUAGGCAUCGCUGCAGGUGUUGUAAACGUACUGGUCACUACUCCUCUGUGGGUGGUCAACACCAGACUGAAGCUUCAGGGUUCCAAGUUUCGCAACGCAGACAUACGGCCCACCAACUACUCUGGCAUUCUGGAUGCGUUUGCACAGAUCAUCCGUGAUGAGGGAGUGGGAGCACUGUGGAACGGGACCUUCCCCUCCCUGCUGCUGGUGCUUAACCCCGCCAUCCAGUUCAUGAUCUACGAAGGGCUGAAGAGACAGCUGAGGAGAGGAGUUCCCAGGGAGCUGUCAUCUGUUGAGGUCUUCAUCAUCGGAGCUGUUGCUAAAGCUGCUGCCACCAUUGUUACCUACCCACUGCAGACCAUACAGUCUAUUCUCAGGUUUGGUCAGUUCAACAAAUCGACGGGCGAGUCAAACCUACUGUCAAGUCUACGGACUAUCAGGUGCCUGUUGAUCAACAGAGUGAGACAGUUUGGCAUGCUGGGUCUGUUUAAAGGCCUGGAGGCCAAGCUGCUGCAGACGGUCCUGACUGCUGCCCUCAUGUUCCUUCUCUAUGAGAAGAUCGCCAGCGGCACCUUCAAAAUGAUGGGACUGAGCAAAAACCACUACAACAAACGCUAGAUAACUAUUAUGGACCUUAACUUUAUCAAAGCACUGACAGUCUGUUGUGAUCACAGACUCUGUGAUGGGGAGUUCCUCUCUGAUUUGAAGUUUCUUAGUAAAAUGAAGAAGUUAAGAGAGAUUUAAAAUGACUUGAGACCUUUAAUGAGGUGCCAGUUCAAGUUCUGUUUACCUAUAAAAAAUAUGAUAACAAGAUGUUAUAUUGAAUAUGUUACGCAGAUCAUGCAGGUAAGUUAACAUUAUAGUUAGUUAACAAAAGAAAGUCCUGUAUUUGUUUGACCCUUGUUUGAACACCAGCAAGUGUUUUAUCUGUUCAUUUUCUGGCAUCUAGUGGAGACUGAGAGAAGUGAUGGGAGGUGGUUUUGUUGAAUUAAUAUGCAUUAUCAGUAAAACAUAUUAAAUACGUUUUAGUAUUUCCCCUUGUGGGCUGUCGGUUCUUGUACGAUUACAUUUCCUCUGCUCACUUCUGACUGCAAAUAGCUUUCAUACUAUCAUAUGAUCUCUUUAAAAAUAAUGACCUGUUACAUGUGAGUGUUCAUUAAAAAAAGUGACUUGCAAACCUUCAAAUUCA